CAUGUCGUUCAUAUCACCGUCGAUAUAAAAAUAAAAAUUCUUUGUGUCUUCGAUUUUAGGCUAUCUUUCUCAAAUAAUUAAAAGGUUUUUGUGCCCUAGGUUCCGUAAAUUAAUAUUAAAAUGUGCAACAGUUUUGCAAAACAUUGAAUUUACAUUCAAAUAGUACAAUGAAUUCGAGUUUUCAAGGAACAACAACAUCCGUUGAUAUCUAAAAUUGAUCCUGCAUCUCCUGUGUGUCAUUUUUUUUUCUUGUACAAAAAUAAACCAAGUGAAAAUUUCAACCAAAAUCCGAAAUUUUGUAAAAUAAAUUUUAUUUCCGUGUACAUCGGGUCGGAGUGUGUAAAAGUGUGAUGUAAAAUGAAAUACUUUACGAAUAGGUAAACACCAACUGGGCCAAUCCAUUGAACGAAAAUAAAUAUUUUGUCCAAACGAAAAUUCUGUGUUGUGCGAAAUCCAAUAUAUAAAUAAAGCAAAGUGGUUGUGUGGUGUGCGUUGUGAGCUGCAUUAAAUAUAAUCGAAAAAGAAAAUUGUGUUAAAGGAAAAUGCCUGGGCUAAUUGGUGUUAUUGAAUUCGUGGACGAGACCAGGGAAGAUUACUCCAGUCCGACUACAUCAAAUUUCGUCUAUCGAAUGCCACAAUGUCGUCAAACGAUAAGCUCACUGGAGGAGACUUUGGAAUUCGAUCGCGAAGGAUUGACAAAAUUGAAGAAAGCAGUCAAAGCUAUUCACAAUUCUGGAAAUACUCAUGUUGAUAAUGAGAUGUGUCUAGUAAGAGCAUUGGAGCGGCUCGGAAGUGUGGCUCUUUCCAAAGAAGAGCCAGACAUUGGAGCGGCAUUUCUCAAAUUUUCAGUGGUUACAAAGGAGUUAAGUGCUCUGAUGAAAACUUUGAUGCAAAACAUCAGUAACAUCGUAAUGUUUCCCGUUGAUACUUUAUUGAAAUCGGAAUUGCGGGGCGUUAAAGGUGAGAUCAAGCGACCAUUUGAUAAGGCAGCCAAGGACUACGACUCCAAAUAUUUGAAAAUCGAAAAGGAGAAAAAAGCGCAAGCUAAGGAAGUUGGUAUGAUUCGAACGGAAGUGAAUCCAGCUGAAAUUGCCGAUGAAAUGGAAAAGGAGCGUCGGGUAUUUCAGCUGCAAAUGUGCGAGUAUUUAAUUAAAUUUAACGAGAUCAAAACCAAAAAAGGCAUUGAGCUGUUACAACAUUUAGUAGAGUAUUAUCAUGCACAAAAUAAUUAUUUUAAGGAUGGUCUGAAAACUAUCGCCCAUUUCGGAACGUAUAUUGAAGACCUGAGCACUAAAUUACAAAACAUCAAGCAAAAACAAGAUGAGGAGAGGCGGCGCUUGUUAGAAUUGAAAACUUUACUUCGAAGUACCCCGGACUUUGAUAGGGUUGAGAACAUCACAACAGAAAAGGGAACUGGAUAUUCAUUGCAUCAACUGCAAGGUGAUAAAAACCAUGGUAUUACAAGGACUGGCCAUUUGCUGAAAAAGAGCGAGGGCAAAGUGCGACGGGUGUGGCAAAAACGUCGGUGCCGUGUAACCGCCAAUGGAUUUUUAGACAUAUGCCAUGCCGAUGAAUCGAAACCACCGACACGGGUAAACCUUCUUACGUGCCAAAUAAAACCGGUGCCUGACGAUAAACGUGGAUUCGAUCUAAUCAGCUAUAACAGGCCAUAUCAUUUUCAAGCGGAAGACGAAGCUGAUCAAAAAAUAUGGUUGUCUGUGCUGAUCAACUGCAAGGAAAAAGCUUUGGCCAAAGCUUUCCAGCAUGCCAAUCCGCAGAUGAGUCCCAGUUUGAUAGAGCUACAGAAAACUGUUAUUAAAUACGUUCAAAAUCUACCUGGAAACGAUCAAUGCUGCGAUUGUGGUUCCAAGAAUGAUGUUACCUGGAUAAGUCUCAAUUUUGGUGUUCUAGUUUGUAUCCAAUGCUCAGGUGUUCAUCGAGAUUUAGGCGUCCAUCACUCACGUAUACAAAGUUUAACAUUAGAUAAUCUAACGACGGCUCAACUACUGAUUGGUCGUGCCAUGGGAAAUACUCAACUGAACGAAGUUAUGGAGGCUACACUCGGCAAAUUGAAACUGGGACCGGACAGUGGCAUGGAAGAGCGAUACAAUUUCAUUCGUGCCAAAUACAUCGGGAAGCGUUAUGUGAUGCGAACUUGUGCUGAUGAUCGAGAUCUACGCAUCGACCUGGAACAAGCCAUUAUAAAUGCAGACCUGAGCCAAUUGCUGCAAGUGUGGGCAGAAGGAGCUGAUUUAACCUGUGUACUGCCAUCGUCGGAAUUCGGCGAGACCGCUCUGCAUUUGGCUGUACUGCGGGAAAUGGGUUCCAGCUUACAUAUAGUCGACUUUUUGAUACAAAAUAUGCCAGCCAAUGGACUGAAUAAACCAACAAAUCCACCAGGGCCGAUGGAUGUGUCCGGGAAAAAUACAUCGUUACAUCUAUGUUCGUUGCACGAUCGACGAGAAUGUAUGAAAUUGCUGCUUCGAUCUGGCGCCGAUUAUGAACUAAAAAAUUCGCAAGGAAAAACGUCGCUUGAUAUUGCCAAGGAAAUGGGUCACGAAGCAUGCAAAGAACUUAUUGAGUGUGCCGUACGUAGAGAAAAAAGCGCUUUCGAUCACAUUAACAUGGACUGGAAUUUCCCGCAUGACGAUGGAUCAACCGAUUUUUCGGACGACGAUACCGUGAUGGAGGAAAGGCGCCCUCGUUCACGACCAUCAAGUUUCGCUGGCGAUUCGCCCGGUCCGUUAAGAUCCAGAUCGUCAACAUGUGAUUCGAUUCAAAGCGGUUCCAGUCCUAGUUCCAGUUGCAUGCCAUCUAGUCGACCGGGUACUUUUCCUUCAUCACAUGCGGGCACAAGUCCGAAGCAAAUAUCACUUUCUCAACAAGGUGGCUCAAGUCCAGGCUCUGCUUCAAGCGUCAUGAAAAAUCUAGCACAGACGCCAACCAAUUCAGGCAGCCGAAAAUCUUUGGUUUCGGGGAAAGAGAAGCGCAACGCUCCUGCUCCACCACCAACAUCACAGUCUAUAUAUGGCACAUUACCACAUGCACAAAGAAAUAGUCAAAAUAUCGACUCUCUUGAGUUCCGUAGCUCCAGCAAGAACCAAGCCGAAAUGUACAGCACAUUGCCCCAUCUUCGGAAUCCGGAGGGGAAAGGUUUCGGCUUUCACAUUGACAACAAAGCGUAUGAAAGAUUCGAACCAUUGAUAACAGCGUCACAACAAGCCAAAUACGAUAAGCACAAAUACAAGUACGAACAAACCGACCAACAACCAAUUCUAACGACAUUCGGACAUAAACGAUCGCCGAGUGGAGAUUCGCUGGGUCGAAAUAUAAAUUUGGCUGGAAUUGGAGCAAAACUGGUGCUGCCAGCCGGUGAAAUUCCAAUGCUGAAACCAGUCGACAAAAACUUAAUCAGACCAAAGCUACCUCCACCUGGUCCUCCAUCAAAUAACGGAUCAGAACGGGGAAUAUCAAACGGACAAUCCAAUGAAAGUAUUAAUUCGAUAGAUGAUGGCCCGGUGGCACCGCCAAGAAAGCGUAAAGUUGCAAGAGUCGGAGUGGUCGUCAAAUCUUUUGACCAAACGUUACCCGACGACACUCAAUACGGCGACUAUGGUGAUCUGGAGUAUACGAGAAGUGAUCUGGAAAUUUUAGACAGUUCAUGUGAUUCCAUUCAAAAUAUUGCCCCACCGAAAUCCACAAACCGUCGAACGGACGUCACUUCCGAUGGAGUCUACGAUAAAGUGCGCAGUCCAACCAAUUAUGCCACCUACGGUGGUGGUGGAGUACGGCGAUGCCGUGCCUUAUACGACUGUAAUGCAGAUAACGACGAUGAGCUGGAGUUUAAGGAAGGUGAAAUUCUGGUCGUACUAAAUGAACGCACUGACGAUGAAAAUUGGAUGGAAGGCGAAAUUGAAGGAGACAGUUCGCGGCGUGGAAUGUUUCCCGUUAGUUUCGUGCAUAUGUUACCCGAUUAGGUUGUGUGUGAUGCGUUCCCUCUUUAGCACGGUUCCUUUAUCAAACAAACAGAAAGAGAAAACCUUUUUCGAUAUAGAGAUUAGGCAUUUAUUUUGAGUAAAAAUUGUUUUUUUAAUUUAAACAAAAAAAAA